CUUCAACUAGAUUUUUUUCUUUCUCCAACAUUGUCAAGAAAAAAAGAGAAGAUAAGUGUGAGUCCAGAAAAUGUUGUGCGCAUGUUACCAUCAGCCAUUACCUGCCAGUACUAGCGUCUUGAACCGGCACGCGAAGCAAACAGGGAGUCUGGGAACAAAACAAGUGUUCUUGUUCUUAUCCUCAUCUCCUUCAACUUCAAGCUUAAGAGGACAUCAAUGGCAAAUCUGUAACUAUCCAAAAAUUGGGCUCAGAUUAAAACCAAAAGCUAGUGUGGUGCCUCCGUCUGAAUCUGGUGAUAUCACCACCUUCCUCCUAGUAAGUGUAGCAUUGAUCUCAAUGUAUUUGGUAGCGAACUUUGUGGUUCCGUCUUUCAUUUUCAAGUCGCUCCAAGGUGAAGAGGAGGAAGACUCUGAUUGAGAACUUUCAAGUCCCCUUGAUUUGAAAGAUCCGUUGACGAAGAAAACGCCGAAGCGGACUUCUUCCACACGCGCUAACCACCACACUCCCUUCGUUAUAAAAUCUCCAUUAUUAAUCGUUCGGACAAAGAAACCAAACCAUCUCUCCGCAACAUUCCACAUCAAGAACAAGAA